GGACAACAGAAAUAUUUUUAAAAUCACUUUUAAUGAAAAUAUACUAGCUAUAUAAAAAUCGUAUAAUAUGAAAAAAGCCCAAAUGUCAAUAUUGACGGUAUACGGUGUCAAAUACAAUUACCGCUUCUUUAGAAACAGCAAAACGUUAUUAGGUACGAUGUUCGCCGGGUCAGCUAGUUUACAUUAAAACAGAAAAACGCACUUUUUUUACUUUACCGAAUGAAGUAAAAGGAUUAUGUAACUAUUGGGUGCCCACGGAUUCGUCUUCGUGGAAUAAUUGGUCCUCCAUACAAACUUUGAACGCCUGUGAAAUAUCCUUUCUCAGCGCACGCCUCAUAACAUCUAUAUGAGCGACAAAUUACAGCGCCAUCCGUUCAGUAGUUUGAGCUGUGCGUCGGUCAUUAACGUUUGCCUUUUAUACUCGUAUAUACAGAUAUUCUUAAACUCAUUUAAGAAUACUAUUAAAUCUGCAGUUGGUAAAAGUAUGUAGAAAAUAUUAAUUGAUCGCAUAAGUAGUUGUACCUACUUGACCAUUAAAUUAUUUUCACACUUAUAUUGUAUCUAUUAUGGUUAUUUGCACCAUUAAUCAAACAUUAAUGAAAAAAAGACAGAAGUUCCCUGUGAUCUUCUACACAUUCCACUUGGAAUCUAUUUAGGACUAGCUACCGACCACGAUUUCGUUCCCAUUAAUUUUAGUUUGGCAUAACUCCCAAAUUUUUUCCGUAAGAACCUUCUACAGAGUAUUAGACAACUGCAAAAAAAGAUAAAUUGGUUAAGUCACUUUCACGUUGGGGCGUAACAAGGCAAAUUAUGAUUUCUAUUUGCGUACAUGUUACAGAAUAUGUCUUUAUAAACAAUGCAGAUAAUUACAGAUUAUUGAAUUAAAUAUCAAUUUAUUGUUGGAUAUAAUAUUCAACACUUUGAUUAAAAACAAAUAUAAGAAGCUUACGUAAUACUAUAAUUAUAGUUUGUAAAGUUGUUAACGUUGCGUAAACGACGCAUCCCGCAUCUAUUUCAGACCUCUUAAAAUAAAACAUAUCCAUUAUUUAUGUGAAAGUUUCUUACGACGAAACGUACACGUGAGAAAUUGUGAAUAUAAACUGUAUCGGCGAUGGUGGGGUAUGUUAUUGUGAUCACUAUACGCUUCCCCAAUCCGCCCCUUUGAAAGAGCAUGUGUGCAACUAGUAAGUACCCCUGUCGAUCCCCCCGCGAUCUCGGGCCACCCCAGGUGCGUCCGCCGUGGCACGCGCCAUUCCUGCCGCGGCCGGCGCCCUGACGCCAUCUAAAUUUUAUACCAACUAGAAUACAGUUAUACUUACGUGACCUAAUCAACACAACCCCGCGACUAAUCACAAAGUAAACAAUCAUAACAUGUUAAAACAGCAAAUCAUCGGAUCGAAAUGAGUUCGAUAGGCGUCGUCGUUUUCCGCAAUUCGCCGCAGGUACUGCAGGAAUCCGUGAAUAAUACCGUGAACAUUUCGAACAAUGAAGUCAAUCAGAACAUUCGCCGGGAAAUCAUUAUUGUGCGGAAAAAAACAAAAGUGCCGACUCCAGCUACAGUUUCAGUGAGUUCUUUAGUGCAUGCAGCAGAUGCAGGAGUUGUGAACAGCAUUGCUAAAAGGCCUAGACUUCGCGAGAACAGCACCGAAGACAGUACGCGCACACCGACUCCUCUCGCAGUCGCACGUAGAAAUGCGCGGGAAAGAAACAGAGUGCGACAAGUGAACGACGGUUUUGCUGCUCUACGUCGCCACAUUCCGGAGGAAGUAGCCGCUGCGUUUGAAAAUGCCAACUCAAACCGAGGACCAAAUAAGAAACUUAGCAAAGUUGAAACACUACGCAUGGCAGUGGAAUAUAUUAGGAACUUAGAAAGUUUAUUGAAUAUCGGGCAUGCUGAUAAAGAAAACGGGAGUCGCCCAUCUAUGGAGUCUUUUCCUUCACCUGCAUCUUCAUCACCCAGGGAUAACAGUCAAGAAAGAAGUUAUUUUUCUCUGAAUUCUCCCGCGCUAGAUGAUGAAGAUAUGGACGAAGAUGAGCUUGAUGGUUCUCUGCACCAAAUUCGUCAGCAGCAAUACGUUGAACUUCCAGCACAAGAAACUUUCCAGCUUGUAUCGACACCUUAUCUAUAUGAAGAAGAGGAAGUCGCUGGACAACCUUUGACGCCAUCAUCUGACCUUCUUGGUCAGGAUGAAGUCAACGCGCAUCUUUUGGAGGGCCAUUUCAAUUUUCCUAAUUCCGCUGAACAAUUCACUGUGAUUCCGGAACAAUCUUGCUUAAGUGAAUCAGAUAUCCCUGUGAACGAAAGUGAUUUUGAAGUGAAAUAUUCCGAUUCAUUACAUCAUCAAAUACAACACAGCUUUAUUAGUGCUCCUGAAAUUCCUUUGGAAACAAUGAACUCAGAUUUAAUAAUUAGUGAAAAUCAGAUUAAGUUCAGAGAAGAAGAUGCUAAAUUCGUCGACUACAGUGACAUUGAGUUAAAAAAGGAACUUCCAGAUAUUCAAGUGACACCCGAAGAUAGGGAACAAUUCGAGGAAACUCUUAAGUGGUGGCAAGAAAAAACGAGACAAUCCCGUCCAUUGAAAAGGAAUAAUUAGCGUUUAAUUUUCUCACUUUCACUUUUAUAAUGUACUUAGGUAGAUAAAUUUAAGAUAUUUAUUGUGAUGUAAUUAUAGAAUGAAAUGUACAGCUGUGAAUGCCAAAGUCAGUUGUCGGCGCGGGCGCAAGGUGUGCCGUAACGGUCAGUAGAAUAAUGAAGCCCGCGCACUUUUAUUAUCCUUAUUUGAGUUAAGUUCAACCUAUUACUUUAACCAACACUAGUUAAUUUAAUAAACUAUAUAAAAAAUACAUAAAAUAUAAGAAUCAAAUCGGUUUUCUGAAAUAGAUUUACGGACAUACUUAGGUUGUACACUGUUUUCACUAUUGUAAUAGUCAAAUCAGAGUAAGGUUUAUAAAGUUUUACGUUAAGAAAUAAUGCUCUACAUCUUUUUCAUUUGUACAUAGUUAUAAAAGUACUGUUUACAAAGGGCACCUAACUAAUACAAAUUAUUUUAAACUAAAUGGAUUUAACAUUUGUGCCUUCUAGUUGAAUAAUAUAAUUGUGAUGUUAGUUAAUAAGUAUUUAAACAUUGUAUAAAUGAAUGAAACAAUAAACAAUUUAAGUGAAACUGAAACAA